GUCCCGCGAAUGGAUACUGUUGUUCUCAUGGCUACAACACCAAUCAGAUGUCUUCAUGCUUCGAUUCCUACGGUCUCACGUUCGCCGCCGGCGAUUUAUCAGGUCUGUAUCCGUCGCGCACGAUCUUUAACCUACCGAUCGACGACUAUGAGCAUGCGUUGUUUAUUCAAACGGUCCGAUUUGAGAUCUCGCUUCCUCCUAAGUAGUAGUAGUCGGAAAACCACUUUUCCGAUGAGACGUGGCUGUUCCGUCAGUGCUUCAACGGAGGAGUCUUCUUCUUCAGUGCCUUCCAAUCGAAACCUUAUUGUUUUAAACUCCGUCGUAAUCGUAGCCUUAGCGGUAGCGAAUCGCGUGCUCUACAAACUCGCAUUGGUUCCCAUGAAACAGUACCCUUUUUUCUUGGCUCAGCUCACCACUUUCGGCUACGUCUUGAUUUAUUUCACCAUUCUGUACACGAGGCGCCGUCUAGGCAUUGUGACAAAUGAAAUGAUGGGUGUGCCUAAAUGGAGAUUCGCAGUCAUUGGUUUCCUAGAAGCUCUUGGAGUUGCUACUGGCAUGGCUGCAGCAGCCAUGCUUCCUGGACCGGUUAUACCGAUUUUGAAUCAGACGUUUUUGGUGUGGCAGCUGCUUUUUGCUCUUCUUAUUUUAGGCAGGAGGUUUUUGCUUACCCAAAUUGCUGGUUGCUUGCUUGUGGCUGUGGGAGUUGUGGUGGCUGUUUCAAGUGGAUCUAGUGCAGAUCAUACACUAUCCGGAAUCGGUUUGUUAUGGCCUGCUGUAUUGGUAGCAUCUGCUGCUUUUCAAGCUGGUGCAUCUAUUAUAAAGGAAUUUGUUUUCAUUGAUGCUGCAAAGCGUCUUGAGGGAAAGUCACUGGAUAUCUUUGUAGUAAAUUCAUUUGGAUCUGGAUUUCAGGCUCUUUUUGUGUUCCUGUUGUUGCCUUUUCUCUCAAACUUGAAAGGGAUUCCAUUUGGCAGCCUUCUUUCCUAUCUAAAAGAUGGUGCCGGCUGCUUCUUCAACACUGGAGCUAAGAUUUCUGGCUGCGAUGGUGCCCCUAUACUCCCACUACUCUAUAUAGCGACGAACCUCGCUUUCAACAUGUCAUAUCUCCAUUUGGUGAAAAUAUCUUCAGCAAUCGUUUCCUCUCUCACUGUCAUGCUCUCAGUGCCAUUAUCGGUGUACAUAAUGUCAAAACCAUUGCCGUAUCUACCGGGAGGAUCAAGCUUGAGCUCAAAUUUCAUGAUUGGGAGUAUAGUUCUGGUUCUAGGUCUUCUCCUCUACAACAUCCCCACCACCUUUUUAACUAAGCAACACACCAAGACCUCCUAAUAAUUCACAUUCUUUCUCUUUAUUCAUUCUAUUCAUAUAUAUAAGAUACAAAUCCUAUAUAGAUUAAUCAAUUUCGGUGUUUUCUUUUACGAAUA